AUGGUUCGUACAUAUGAUUAUUUAUCUACGUUUCGUUUAAUGAAAAAAGAAACAGAUAAUAUUGAUUUUGUUGUAGAAUUCUUCAAAGCCGAUUUUACAAACACUGAAACACUUCUUGUAGUUCUUAAUGAACUUAUUACUCAAGUGGGUGAUCGUUUGACUUUUACAAAUAAAGAUUUUGCAUAUGAUGAUAGUGCAUAUCGAACUGUAUGUGGAGUAUCAAAUCUUGGUAGUGUUCAUUCACUUCUUGCUGGAGAAGGAAAUAUUCAAAGUGCUAAAUUUGCUCUUCAUCUUAGCGUUGACUGUGAUGGAAUAACAAAAACACCUAAAAAACUUCGAGAAUUUGUUCUAACAAACUUGCGUCGAGUAUUUGAUAUUCGCCGGACUUCAUCAAUUAUGCUUGGGUUCGGUAUUACUAUGCCUGACAUGGUUGAGACAAAACAUUCUGCUGAGUUCUUGGAAGAAAAAUUGAAUGAAUCAUCCAUAAGAAAACGUAAUGAUAUCUUUAAAGAUUUAUUUUCAGAAGACUAUGGUUAUACGCUAGAACCAGUAAUUCGAUAUCUACAGUUACACAUAUCCGACUUAGAACCUAGUUAUAAUCGUGAUUAUCCUUUUGCUGAAGAAGCAACACGAGGUGAAUGGGCUGUAGGAUAUCAUGGCAUAGGAUCAAGUGGUGUAAAAGGCAUUGUAGAUAAAGGAUUAUUACAUAAUUCUGUUGCAUAUAAUCAAAAUCCAUCGAUUACAAAUGUACAAGGAUUUCGUGUUCAACCAGGAAAAUUUACCGAACAUACAAAUACUGCUGUGGUUAGUGUUGGAAAAGUAUGGCGCGUAUUCGAUGAAACAGCUAUACGACUGUACGGAUUACUUUUAAAAAGUUCGUAA